GCACUCACAGCACCUCUUGUGGGUGAUUAGUGAAUAUAUCAACGCUGGGCUGUCUUCAGUCUUGUCCUUUUACUGUUGCUUGCUUCUGCCACAUAUUGGAUUCCGUUACCCGCCUCCUAUAACAUAACAUAACGUAACGUAACGUAACGUAAAUUGACGUGACGUCUACGUUACUUUACCGCGUCGCCCGCCAGAUGGUGGCGGGUGCUAAUCUGCUUAGACUCGGCGCUGGCCAGUGCGUCGCGGCUUCUUCCCAAUGAGAGACGACGAGGAGGAGGAGGAGAGCCCGCACUCAACUUCUGUUUUGUUGUUAUUCCGUUUCUGUCUUAGAGCCAGAAUAGUAACAAAUUGACUAUUUUAUUGCGCGUCGCGAGUUUAGCUAGCAUGUGCAGGUACACGUGCUAACGCAACAACAACAACAACAAGUUGCACUUUUAAGGAUUUAAGCUGAAUGGAGCUUUGUUAUGUCGAGGAGCCGGCAGCAACAGGUUGUAAAAUCGCAUCUAUCCUGCAAGGCUUUGGUUGUGUUUUCUGCUGUGUGUGCGCAGUUAACCCAGACCGAAGCUUUGCACCUUUAACCCUGGGGGCAGCGGCCAGUUAAAAAUGUCCUGGUAACCCUGGAACCAUGAAACCAUGCCAGUCAUCACUUAUUCAAGCGGCGGUCAAAGGUUUCCAAGACAUCUCCAACUACUGGAACAUCCCUCUGGCCUCCGGAAUGGUUCAAAACCUCUGUACUAUGGUGUAGGACAUUAGAUUGUGGCGUCUUUCAGUAUAGUGGAAGUACACUUAAAAACGGCAAAGAGGAGAACUUUUUAAAUGACGAGACAAAUAUAUGAGAGAAUGAAGAGAGGACAUCAAUUUCAACGGGAAGUUGGAAAAGUUAAGAAAAAAGUCGUAGGACAAAGGACGGAGGAGAUGCAAACAGAAAUGGAAGCUAGCAGAAUUCCAUUCUUGGAGCUUGGUCAUCAGCAAAAAGACAACAGCUGUAAAAUAAUGUUGAUGAUUAGGUGGCAUCACAUGUUCCUAUGGCUCUCUCUCUUCUGCAUCGCUCCAAAACCUGCUUCUUCACAGGGGCAUUUUCCGCCAAUGGAGAACAUUGCUGCCUUCAAACCCGUGUCCACUUCUCCAGCUCGUUCCACCUGUGGGGUUUCAGAAAGGAGCAUCUACUGCCAGCCUGCUUCCUUGCAGACUGAGCUACUCAUGUGCCAUCAGGCCUCCUGCGACCAGGAGUGUCCUUAUAGGUCCUCCACACCACCUUAUGCUCCACUAUUGCUACCUGUGUACAGGAGUGCAUGCGUUACUGAAGACACAACUGAAACCGCUCCAGUCCUCCCUCAGACAUCGGAGUUUGAAAAUAAAACCACCUCCAAGUCAAAAAGGCUUUCCGGCGGAUCUGGUAGUGUUAUGUUUCCACCAAGCCAACAGGGAUGCUUGGUCUCAACACCCUCUCAGAAACUGGGAGCUUCUGGAUCCCUCACCCUGGCAGUAUGGAUUAAACCAAGCUCUCAUGGAGAGAUGAUGCUGCUGGAGAAGAGUUCAAGAGAGCAAUUAGUUUUUUCAGUGACCGUGUCUGAACAGUUUGUCAGUUUGCGGUACAAUCAGUCCAGAAGUUUAGCUCCUCUGACGAUCAGCUUCAAAACAGAGGGACGACUUGUGUUGGGCAGGUGGACACACCUUGUUUUACAGGUUCAUGACAGACAGGUCAGUCUGUUUCUAAAUGGGCUGGAGGAGGACGGCACACCUUCCGAGACACAAUCCCUGACCACCAGACUGCGUGAUAGCAAUGAGGACAGUAGCAUGAGUGUGGGCCUCGGCUCCAAAGGGUCCAAUCAGUUCAUGGGGUGGAUGCAGGACUUUAGAUUUUAUCCUGCUACUUUGACCAACAGGGAAAUAGUCGAGAUUUAUUCAGGUGCCCUGCCACAGCUGCAUUCCCAGUCUGAGUGUCGCUGCCCUCCCACUCACCCCAGGGUGCACCCUUUAGUAGAACGAUACUGUAUCCCCAAUACUGUUGAGGACACCACCAAUGAUCGAGUCUUAAGGCUAAAUCUAAAUGCUCAUCCACUCACUUACGUCAAUGAUCAGGACAUGGGGACCACAUGGCGCUCUAAGAUCUUGACCACUCAGGAGUUGGAUGAGGGACUCACUUUUACUGUUGAUUUGGCAAAUGGGCAAUAUCAGGUGUUUUAUGUCAUAAUUCAGUUUGGUGGACUCUUGCCGGAGUCACUUCUCAUCCAAAGGCAAAGACUCCCACGUCGACAGAACACUACUUAUCGAGACGAACACUGGUUGGACUGGCAGUAUUUGGCCAAAGCCUGCGGUGUGUUUGAGAUGCAGAACAACGGGCCUUUGCUAACACCUGACUCAGUCAACUGCCUCCAACUGCCCAGCACGGUGCCCUACACUGGAGGUAACGUCUCAGUGAACCUGCUGAACCCAGAGCCAAACCUGAGGCCAGGCUACAAUGAUUUCUACAACACCCCUGCUCUCCAGAGGAUGGUACAUGCCACCCAGGUCAGAAUACAUAUGAAAGGACAAUACCACACCAGAGCAGCCGGGGUGGACCAGCGACACAGACACUAUGCCAUCAAAGAAAUCACCAUCAGUGGCAGGUGUGAGUGUCACGGCCAUGCAAACCACUGUGACACCAGCCUCACUCCCUAUCGCUGCCUGUGUCUGCCUGAAAGCCACUCUGUGGGAAACAAUUGCCAGCGCUGCGCACCCCUCUACAACGACAAACCCUUUCGGUCAGGUGAUCACCUGCAGCCAAUGAACUGCCGGCCUUGCCAGUGUCAUGGCCAUGCCCAUUCCUGUCACUAUGAAGCCCAGGUGGAUGACCAACCAGCAGAGCAAUACCUGGGUGGGGGAGGAGUCUGUGACAACUGCAUGCACAAUACAACUGGUAAGAACUGUGAGCAGUGCAUAAGUGGGUUUUUCAGGUUGGAGCAGUCCGAUCCGGCUUCAGUUCAUGUGUGCCAGCCCUGUGACUGCCACACUGCUGGAACCAUCAAUGGCAGCACUGAGUGUUUCCAGGUUGGAGGCCAUUGUCCAUGCAAGACUGCUGUUAGAGGACGCCGGUGUGCUAACUGCUUACCCGGCUGGCAUGGUCUUCAAGCCUCCAAUCCUGAGGGCUGCCGUCGUUGUAACUGCAGCGACUUGGGCACUGUCAACUCCUCUACAGGAAGGGGUCCCAGCUGCAACCAGCAGACAGGACAGUGCCGGUGUAAAGCCCAUGUUACAGGUCUAUCCUGCGAUCAUUGUGAAUUUGGUUAUUGGAACCUGUCCCACCCAGACGGCUGCAUCCCAUGCGAUUGUGACCCCCUGGGAUCACUCAGCCCAUUCUGUGAGCCUGAGGGGGGGCAGUGUGAGUGUAAGGCUGGAGUAGGAGGCCAGCGGUGUGAUUCCUGUGGACGCGGUUUAACUGGUUUAAGACUAGAUGGAACCUGCACCCUCUGCAAGUGCUCAAAAGAGGGAACCAUACCUGGAACAGACUGUGACCCUUACACGGGUCAAUGUGUGUGCAAGGAACAUGUGGAAGGCCGAUUCUGUGACUCAUGUCGUUAUGGCUACCACACCUUGGAGUUGCGAAACUCCCUAGGCUGUCUGUCGUGCGUGUGCGACAUUAGCGGCACUGUGCUGGAUGACGUAUGUGAUUCGUGGACAGGACAGUGCCCGUGCAGAGAGGGAGUAGAGGGGGCACAGUGCACCAACUGCGCCCCCAACUUCUAUAACGCGACUUCAGAUGUUCAAAAUGGGUCAUUCCAUGGCUGUGUACCAUGUACAUGUGACCCGAAAGGAAUAGUGGCUGGUUCAGUGUGUGACAGCACAACGGGGCAGUGUGUGUGCAUGCCCACACGCUAUGGAAAAGAUUGCAGCUCAUGCCGACCUGGUUUCUAUCUUUCUUCAAAUCAGAGUACAUGUGUUGAGUGUGACUGUCAUCCCAUGGGGGCCACACAGCGCAAGUGUGAAAGCCAGACUGGCCAGUGUGUGUGUGCCCAUCCCUCGGUGGCAGGGCGAAGAUGUGACUACUGUUGGGAUACCUUCUUUGGAUUCAACCCUGGCUUGGGCAGAUGUCAAUCAUGUGCAUGUGACCUGGCGGGCAGUGUCAGUGGCUCCUGUAACCCAGACUCAGGAGUGUGUGAGUGUAAGCUGCUCGUUACUGGGGACAAAUGUGAUGCAUGUCAACAUGGAGCAAGCCAUUUGCGUGCAGAGAACAUCUACGGUUGCAGUAAAGCUCCCUCUCAACAACCUGCCCCUGUAGCUUUGGCUCUCAGCUAUCAUUCCAUUAAUCUGACUUGGCAUCAGCCUGACUCCCCAAACUCAAACAUACUUAACUACACGCUCAUCAGAGAUGGACAACCUGUUCACAGUAUACAGCGUAGCUAUCCUUUCAACCCCGAAUCCUUCGAAGAUACCCAUUUGUCUCCUUACACAAACUAUUCUUACUGGAUUAUUACAACUAAUGUCGCCGGUUUGACAACCAGUGCCACUGCCUUCUACCAAACUUUAGGAGCUCCACCUAAACGGGACGAGCUACAUUUAAAUCUUGUGGGUCGACCUGGUCCCACCAUUGCCAGCUUCAACUGGAAUGCACCACCUAAUAAUACCGGGCCAGUGGAGAGAUUUGUGUUGUCGUCCAAAGAGUAUUCUAGUGAAGCAGAGCCUGUCAUCCACUACAUAGGUUUAUUUACUGAGGCAGUGGCAAGUGGCCUGAAGGCCUUCACCCAAUAUACUGUCACACUGCAGGCAUGCUCAUCUGGAGGCUGCACCUCCACUUUACCUGUGUCGCUGUUGACAGCUGCCACCCCCCCACAAAACCAAUCCCCACCCAAGGUCAAUGCCACUGGACCUCACACCCUGUUUGCUUCAUGGGAGCCUCCUGCUCAACCGAACGGAAUUAUCACAAGGUAUGAAGUCUUUUUACGGGGUCCGCUGUGGCUACGAAACCUGUCAUCCCCGACUGGAGAAAAGAGCGUAUUUGUCAGCAUGGGAUGGUUUGAUCCAAGCAUCCCCUCUGAAGCACAGCUCAACAAUACCAGCAUAGCUUCACCUCCUGAGAGCAGCACCAUUGUGGCGGGUCUGCAGUCCUUUUCCAGCUAUCAGAUGAGAGUCGUUAGCGUCAAUAUGGCAGGAAAUGUCACAUCAGGGUGGACUACCGCACGCACAAUGGAGGGAGUUCCAGAAAUGAUGCCUCCUCCAGAAGUGUCUGCGCUGACUUCUACCAGUCUUCAGGUCACUUGGGCUACUACUGAGGGUCAAGGGGUCAUUGCCAGAGGGCAGGUCACUGAAUACCGUGUCAAUUUGCUGACUGAACAGACCAACAACACCUAUGCUCCUCCUGUCGUUAGUCAGGUUGUGCAGCAUUUUGGACCCUCUGACCGACCUGUUUUUAUAGCGAAAGGAUUGAAACCUUACCACGUGUACAACUUUACUGUGACACUCUGCACAAAUAAUGGCUGCAUUACCAGUUUAAAAAGCUCUGGUCGGACUCUACCUGCAGCUCCAACAGAACUGUCGCUACCACAACUCCACUCAGUCAAUGACACAACAAUUCAAAUAGACUGGGAUGUCCCAGCUCAACUAAAUGGACCACACCCUCUGUACCAGUUGGAGAGGACAGACAUCUCUCUUUCUGACCCCAAAAGUCCUUUCGUCAGGGGGAUAAGGUUCACUGGGAAUAGCCAUUACCAGUUUCCAAACGACACCCUGCCUGUUAACACUGACUUCACUGGUGUUGAGUUGAGUUUCAAGACUUCCUCUCCAGAUGGCAUGCUGCUAUGCGCCAUUUCUCCUGGAACUCAAGAGGAAUUCAUUGCUAUUCAGUUAAAAAACGGACGCCCUUACUUUUUGUUUGACCCACAGGGCUCAGUGGUGGCCGUGAGUGCACAGGGGGACGGAGGGCGCCUCUACAACGAUGGACAGUGGCACAGCAUCACAGCAACAAGGCGAGGGGCCGUGGGAACAAUCAUUGUAAACAAUCAAUACAGAGACAGUGCUUCUGCCUCCAGUGGUAGCACAAUAAUUGGUGAGAAUACUGGAGUUUUCAUUGGAGGACUGCCAGAAGAUUUAACUCUACAGAGGAAGGAUUCAGGGGCCGCCCGAAUGAUGCAACGAGGUUUCUCAGGUUGUCUGAGAGACGUGCGUUUUAUGAUGACUGACAGCCCGUCAGAGGAGUGGAGAUAUCUGGACUGGAAAAAAGCUACAAAUAAAGUGUCAGCAUAUGAAUGCUGGGAAGGCUGCCCAUUUCAAACUGGGGAAGGGGCCCAUUUUCUUGGUCAUGGUUACUUGGAGUUGAGCAAAGAUGUGUUCAGUGGAGGAAAGGUUUUUGAUAUCUCCAUGGAUUUUAGAACUGACCAGCUCAAUGCACUUUUGCUUUUUUCAUACAACACACAGACUGAUGACUAUAUGCUGGUGGAGCUGAAGGGUGGCCUCCUGUUGUUCGUUCUCUCCAGUGGUGGUCACGUGACUGAGCUUAACACGUGGGUUGGGCUGAGCUACUGUGAUGGGGACUGGAAGCAGCUUUCCCUAGCAAAGCGUGGCUCUCUCAUCUCUGCUGCUGUCGAUGAUUGGGCAGAAGAGACGAGGGGAGCUGGAGCAGCAGGGGGGCUUCAGGUUGACUCACCAUUAUACCUGGGCGGAGUGCCCACUCAGCUCACACAUCCUGCCUUACACAUCCACAGUCACAGACAUGGCCUCGGAGGUUGCGUAAGGGGCCUCGCCAUUCAAAGUGACGAAACAAGCUCUCCUGUCAGUCAAAGUGUGAAUCUCUUUGUUGCCUCCCAGCGUUCUGUUAGAAUCUACCUCGACGGCUGUCCUGCUAGUGAAAGUCGCUACAACUGCAGGGGGAACGACUCAGUGUUGAUCUUCACUGGUAGAGAGACACACGCCUUUGAUUACAGUCUACCGCCAUUCACUGAAUACCUGUACAGGUUUAUAGCUUUAGGUUCAGGAGGUUUGGCAGCCUCACCUUGGCAGAGAGGACGCAGCCGGGGCAGAGUACCGAGCAACGUCCCACCUCCCUCCACAAUAAGGAUUUUGAAUGGCUUCAGUGCUCAAGUGAGCUGGGCGCCCCCCACUGGUGAUGUUAGAGGUGUGAUUGAGAGGUAUGAGUUGACAGCCUACAAUAAAGACCAGCCGGAGGUGCCGCCUAUCAAAGCCAUCUACCUGGCUAAUGGAAAUUUCACAGGUGUGCUGUCCGGUCUCACUCCAUCCACUCAAUACUUAGUGACUGUAAGUGCUUGUAUUGAAACUGGCUGCACUGAAAGUCUUCAAAACUCUCAUGCUGCUACCAUGAGAUCCGCCCUGGCAACACCAGAGGAAGCUCCUGAUGCUGUUUCUCCUCCAUCUGCCCUGGCGUCACCCUCAGCUCUUUUUGUCACAUGGGAUCCUCCAGCAAGGCCCAAUGGAGUCAUUACAGAGUACCGCGUCUAUCAAAACGACCAAAUGGUCUACAGCGGGGAUGAGAAACGCCACAACAUUACUGAUCUCAGUGUCUAUACCGCUCACGUCCUGGUACUGUCUGCAUGCACCGCUGUGGGAUGCACCAACAGUUCCCAGGUCACAAUGUUGACCUCUCAGCUUCCUCCUGGGCCACUGCAAACUCCAACUCUGACCCCGCUAGACUCACGGACCAUUCUGGUGGAGUGGUCCCGACCUUCUCAGGUCAAUGGAGUUCUGCAGUUCUAUUCCAUCUUUCUCUCACAUGGCGCUUCAGAGCCCAUUUUAGUCUACAACAGCUCAGAACGUGUUGAAGACCACACACUCCGCAACUUAAAUCCUGGCACAGCCUACACCAUCAAAGUGGCGGCUUGCACAGGUGGUGGCUGUACUAGUAGCCCCCCUGCUGUGGCCGAAACUGAGGAGAGCACCCCAGAGGAUGUUCCGGCACCGCUCCUCGCUCCUUUGUCCCCACAUGCACUUAACGUCAGCUGGACAGCUCCUGAUAAGCCAAAUGGCAUCAUAACCAGCUACGGCCUUUGGAUGGAUGGUGUUCUCAUAUCAAACUCCAGUUCCUCUCAGAGUUUCUUGAUGGUAAAGGAGCUUUCACCGUGGAGCAGACAUGUAUUCAGGCUGCAGGCCUGCACAGCACGUGGCUGUGGCAAGGGACCAAUGGUGGAAGUGCGCACAUUAGAGAUGGCACCAGAAGGCCCAAUUCUGCUAGAAUUGACCAACCAGAGCUCUAGAUCACUAAAAGCCCACUGGACUGCUCCACCUCGACCCAAUGGGAACAUGAGCUACACAUUGUACUAUCACCGUCAAGGUGGCAAUGUUGUGCUGGAUGACGGCACGGAAGCUAGCAGGUGGUUGACUUUGACGGACUUGCAGCCGUAUUCUAACUACAGUGUCUGGGUCAGAGGUUGCAACACAAAGGGCUGUGUGGAGAGCAUGCCGCUUAAUCUCACUACGUCUACAGCAGCUCCAGACGGAUUGUCCAAUGUGAGACUCACUCAUGCCACGAGCACCAGUCUAAAUGUGUCUUGGUCCAAACCAGCCCAUUCCAAUGCCCCGGGCCUGCUUCACUACAGUCUACAAAUGAGGACAUCCCCCCAUAGACCUGUGAUAAGGCUCCUGGAAAACACAACAGACACUUUUUCCUAUUACGUUUCGGGCCUGUCUCCAUACACCCAGUACCAGUUGCGACUGGUGGUCUCACACAGCCAUGGACAGACAACAAGCCCCUGGGAAAUACUCCAUACCGCAGAAGACAGUCCAGGUCCACUCGACCCUCCGUCUGUUGUAGGGCUCCAUCCUCGAAAUGUGACAGUCACAUGGGCACCACCCUCCCAACCCAACGGCAUCAUAACCCAUUACAGCCUUUAUCUUCAACCCAACUCAAGCUCUACUUUUCAUACCAAACCUGAUACAGGUUUGAAACUCAACUCAAGCAUCAUAUCUGACCCAAGAGACCCAUACCUAAAUAUAAACUUGGAACCUGAAUCAAAUGUUACCACUUCGGGCUCAGUACAACCACUCAACAAGACCCCAGUGUCUACUUAUUUAGGCACCAACUCAUUACAUUCUUCUGAAUCUAUUACCUUCUCAAGGGUGAAGCCAAACCUUCCAGUGUCACACAAAGGAUACACUUCAACCAGAAGAAACUGUGAACUUUUUAUUAAAGAAGAUGUUCUCCGUGACAACAAUUCAUCAACUUUAAGUCUCUCCCCUCCAUCAGUUAUUGUUACAGGGAACACCACGAGCUACACAUUUCUUGACCUCCUGCCAUACAAUUCCUAUAACUUCCAGCUGGAAGCGAGCACCAGGAUGGGUUGUUCAAUGUCAGAAACGGUGCAAUUUCAGACCCCGCCAGCUCCUCCCGAAGGCCUACCCGCACCUUACCUUUACUCUGACACACCCACCUCUGUUCUCCUCUCUUGGGGUGCACCACUGAGCCCAAACGGACCUUUGGAGCGGUGGCAGGUUGAACGCAGAGUUGCCGGCACAGAACAACUGUCCACAUUAGGCCAUCUUCCUCCAGAACCACCCCCUCUUUCUUUCUUGGACUCAUCAUCGGCACUUAGUCCAUGGACAACUUACCACUACAGACUUGUGCUUCAUAACCAGGCUGGCAGUUCCACAGGACCUUGGGCCAGUAUCACCACUAGACCUUCUAGACCAGCUGGUGUAACUCCACCGAGGGUUGAAGUGUUGGGACCAGAGGCAAUACAGAUUACAUGGUCUCCACCUUUGAUUCCCAAUGGGGAGAUCCAGGGUUACGAGCUCCGUCUCCCACAACCCCGCAUCUUCCACAAUGGUGGCAACAAAUCUGAUCUUUCUGUCAGGGUGACGGACUUGAUUCCAUACACAAAUUACAGCGUCACCGUUCUGGUGUGCUCCAAGGGAAGUGGAUAUGUUGGCGGAUGCACAAAAAGUCUGCCUACUGCCGCUACAACAUUAGCCACAAGCCCCCAAGGCCUACCUGCCCUGUCAGUGGUGGCCGUCAGUGAGUCCUUCCUUGUUGUCUCUUGGCAACCUCCAAGCAAGCCCAAUGGACCUAACAUUAGAUAUGAGUUGCUGCGACGUAAAACCCACCAGCCGCUGGCCGUCACCCCGGUCCCCAUAGUAACAGCCCCAUUCGCUAACCCUUCUGAAGAUCUCCAUCGCUGGCUCCAUGUUUACUCCGGCACCAAAUUGUUCUACCAAGAUAAAGGCCUAAGCAGAUUCACCCACUACCAGUAUCAGUUAGUGGUCCACAAUGAUGUGGGCUUUUCUGCAGGAGAAAUCAUCACAGCGGUCACAAUGGCUGGGAUUCCUCUCCAUCCUCCAUCACUGUUUGCUCACGCUGUCAAUCACACAGCUGUUCAUGCCAACUGGACACCACCUUCUUUGCAUGACCUGCAGGGCGAAGUAGAGUCAUACUACCUUGCAGUCGUCUCUGCCAACUCAAGACUGAACUUAGCUUUUCCUUCAGAAAGCCUCUCAACAGUAGUGACUGACCUCUGGCCCAUGACCACCUACACAUUGUCAUUACACGUGUCUAAUGGAGCACAUAAUACAACUAAGUCAAUCGUUAACAUUACCACCAAGGACGCAGAGCCAGAAGGGAUGUCGGCCCCAGAAGUAGUUCCAGUUAACAGCAGCACCGUCCGUGUGCUCUGGUCUCCUCCUCUACGAGCCAACGGAGCCAUUACUGCUUACCAAGUUUUUGUUGAUGGCCACCUCCAUGGCAGUGUGGACAGCAGCUCUUGGUCUUAUCUUCUGGGCAACUUGCUGCCUUUUACUGUUUACAACAUACAGGUGGAGGUGUGCACUGUGUAUGCAUGUGUUCGGAGUAAUAUCACUCAAACAACUACUGUGGAGGACAUACCUGCUGACAUGGCAUCACCGCUUGUACAAGUACUGAGUCCAAGGGUUGUGAAAUUAGACUGGUCCCCUCCAGGAAGACCAAGUGGAAUCAUGGUGGGCUACGAAGUCCUAAGACAGUCCUUGGAGACAUGUGGCUCAAGAUCAGCAGGGCUCAUGCCCCCUGUGGGUAAAGAUGCAGGCGGCAAAAAGUUCAGGUGCUCCUACCUGCAGUGUCCAGCUACUUAUAGUGUGUGCGGGAUGUCGUGUUUCCACCCUAAUGAGCAGGUUUGCUGCAAUGAAAUACUGCAUAGUAAAAUGCCACAUCAUUACUGUUGUGACGGAAAUUAUCUGAGCUUCAGUAAUUCCUUCAGUCCAGUCUGCUGCAAUGGCAAACUGUUGCCAUCUCUUCCAGACCACCAGUGCUGUGGAGCAUACUAUGUUCAAGUCAAAACCGAUGAGUACUGCUGCCCCGAUCACUCGCAGGGCCGAGUCUCAGUGGGGCAGGGGGACAGCUGCUGUGGAGGUGUGCCAUACUCUACCAAAGGUGGCCAGCUGUGCUGCAGUGGGAGCCUUCAGGAUGGCUACAGGGUCCAGUGUUGCGGGGGCCACGUUGUCGAUGAUGCACUGGUUUGCUGUGGUGAUGCUGAGAAGGGACAUACACAUACACACAUUUCAGGUUUUUCCUGCUGUGGUCAAGAGUAUGUCAACUCUUCUACAUCGCUCUGCUGCGUAGACUCUGAGGGACAACCCAUAAAUCACCCAUCUGGUAAUGCCACAGUGAGAUUGCAGUGCUGUGGGUCAAAGGUCAUACUUCAGGGACAAGAAUGCUGCCAUGGAAUUGGUUUUGACCCACAGCAGCAUGUGUGUGCCAGCAAGCCCACACCGGACCUUUUGAUGACGAGUGGCUGUGUGCAGGGUGCUCUGUGUCCAACUGCUGCAGCCUCUACAGCUUAUUGCGGCUCCUGUGACAUCGACCCCUCUAUGACGGCCUGCACGUGGGUCCUGUCAACGUAUCAUGACGUCCCCUACGCAACAUACUUGCCUGAAAUCAACACCACAUCUGAUGGCCUCAUUAAGAGCUCCCAUUUUCACGACAAAACCAAUGACAUGCUGGGAAACAAGGAGAGCUUGUGUCCGUCCCAUGAAGAGGUAGUGUACAGCGGAGAUGCCAGAAGAUACACCUAUACAGAUUUCAACCUGGAACCCUUCACCACUUACGAGUACAGAGUAAGGGGCUGGAACAGCUUUGGCAGGGGUUCCAGUGAUGCUACCACAGUGACCACCAGUGAAGACAAACCCUGGGGAGUGGCCCCCCCUCGCUGGAGACGCCUCAGUAAACGAAGUGAUGUCAUCCAGUGGCACUGGCAGGCACCUGCUCGGCCUAACGGCAUCUUAACCCACUAUGUCAUACUGCGUGAUGGACAAGAGCGUUACCGUGGCGAUGAAAACACUUUCACAGACAUGGGUGGGAUUGGGCCUUUUCAGGAAUUCAGUUACCAGCUACGGGCCUGCAACAAAGCUGGUUGCACUGAUAGUACCAAGAUGGUGGCACUAACAGUUCAAGGAGUCCCAGAGGGGGUGCAGUCUCCAGCAGUAAAAGCCUUGAGCCCCUCUUCUCUUCUUGUGAGCUGGAUCCAACCUGCACAUCCCAACGGAAGAGCGCUUUGGUAUCACCUGAACCAGACUGGAGUCGGCACCAUAUUUACACACACUCAUGCACCCGGGAAUCAUACCGUCGCUGGUUUGCAGCCAUUCACAAACUACACGUUUGUGCUGGUGACCUGCACAACUGUGGGAUGUAGCACCAGUUCACCUUCUACGGGACGCACCCAGCAAGCUGCUCCCACUGGUGUCUGGCCAAGACCCAGACAUGUGAUCGUCAACACAUCUGUGGUGGAGCUGUUCUGGGAUCAGCCGGCCAGGCCUAAUGGACUGGUCUUGCGGUACAGACUGCAGAGAGACGGUCACACUGUUUUUACCGGAGACCACCGUGACCAGAAUUAUACUGACACUAGACUCCUGCCAAACCGCAGGUAUGUUUAUGAACUGGAGGCCAGCACAGGUGGCGGUGAUAGUGUGAGUGACAAAUACCUUAUAAAAACACCAGCCUGGUGCCCCGCUGGGAUUCCGGCUCCACACAAUGUGACAGUCACAGGCCCCCACUCCAUCUUCUUGGCCUGGACCCCUCCUGACCAGUUCAGCAUCAGCCAGCCUAUGCAUUACAACAUCCUGUUGAAUCCAGGAAGUACCAGUGCCACAAUGCAUCCUACGGGCCAACACCUGAACCUUACUGUAAAGGGUCUACAGCCUUUCACCACCUACCUUGUCCGAGUGCAGGCAUGUCAGAGUGGGCGGUGUGGUGUAGGAGAGGGUGUUUAUGUCCAUACUUUAGAAACUGCACCGGAUGGUCAAACACCACCCUCAGUAACAGCAGCUGGUUCCGAAGUCUUAGAGAUCCGUUGGUCUCCCCCCCAAAAUGCCAAUGGGCUUGUCACCUCCUACCAUAUAUACAGGUCCCCAGUGGAAACAGAAGAGGAGCUGCUGGUUUUCAUCUGGACUAGUGGGCCGCUAGAGUUUUUUGAUGCAAGCCCUUCCUUGCUGCCCUUCACCUCCUACCGAUACAGAGUUCAAGCGUACAACUCUAAAGGCUCAACUCUGAGCCACUGGACACUAGCCCGAACCCUGUCAGCCGCACCAAAAGAUAUGGCUCCUCCCACUGCCACACCCACUGGUGCAUACGCUAUCCAUCUGAAAUGGAGUGAACCAAUACAGCCCAACGGUGUCAUUUCGAACUAUAAACUACUUUACAAGAAGCGCCAGCUGGACCCGACGCUCAACUCACCUGCAGUGAUUGCACUCACUUUAGAGGGUUCAGUCAUAGAAGCAGCAGUCUUCGGCUUUGAGCCCUACAGUGAGUACAACCUACUAGUGGAAGCCAUAAAUGACGCAGGCAGUGUGUCCAGUCCAUGGGUAGGCAUUCGGACCAUGGAUGCUUCUCCGUCUGGACUGGUUAACUUCAGUGUGGAACAGAAAGAGCAGGGCAGGUCCUUACUGCUCAGCUGGGAUCCACCAAGUUCUCCAAAUGGAGCUAUCACGAUGUAUAAUUUGUACGGCGAGGGAAACCUGGAGUUCAGUGGUCUGUCACGUCACUUCCUGUUUCGACGUUUGGAGCCUUGGACCACGUACACGCUAGCCCUUGAAGCUUGCACAUCAGCGGGAUGCACAAGGAGCCCACCUCAGUAUGUCACCACUGAUGCUGCUGCACCUGACUCGCAGCCUUCUCCCACACCUCUUUCCAUUGGUUCGGACCAUGUGUUGCUCACCUGGGGACCUCCCGCCCAUCCAUAUGGGCCGGUUGGCGAGUACUACUUACUGGGAAGAAGCCAAGAUCAGGUGGGCAGAGGGAGAAGCAAUGAGGAAGACGCGAGUGAAAAAGUGCUGUUCAGACAAUCCUCUCCGCAAGGAAAUGACACUUUCUUCUACAAGGUGACUGGAUUGCGUCCUUGGACUGAGUACGAGUUCGCCGUACGUUCCCAUAACCCUGCUGGCCACACCUACAGCCCUUGGUUAAACGUGACUACCAAGCAAGCCCCCCCUCGUGGCCUAGCUCCACCAACAGUGAGUCAUGUUGAGGGUCGCCCUAGUGAAGUGCUGGUUUCCUGGACUCCACCUUUAGAACCCAAUGGGUUGCUCCAGUCUUACAGGAUCCAGAGAAACAAUAUUAGCUUCUCGUUCAGUUUUGACCCGACUGUCCUCAGCUACACUGACGAGGAUCUCCUUCCCUUUUCAAGCUAUAGCUAUUCAGUCACAACAUGCACGUCUGAGGGAUGCCUCACAAGCCCUCACGCUAGCAUUACUACCUUAGAGGCUCCCCCUGCCACUGUAGAGGCUCCUACUGUGGACUUCAUCAAUUCCAACAGUAUGAACAUUUCCUGGGCUAAACCAGCAACCCAGAACGGGGAGGUGACUGAAUAUGUUCUAAAAGUGAAUAGCCAAGAGGCUUAUCGUGGAAAAGACUUGAAGACAGUGCUGUCACAUCUCCAUCCUUACACGUCCUACCAGUUAGUACUGUUAGCCUGCACUAGUGGCGGAUGCACUGCCAGCACAGCAACAUCCACUGUGACAGAGGAGGCUCCUCCGUUGGAUAUGCCUAUCCCCACUUUGAAAGUCACUGGUCCAGAGUCAGUAGAAGUUAGCUGGGGACCACCACAGAACCCUAAUGGCAUCAUCACAGGUUAUGAACUCCGUAGAGAUGGUGAAGUUAUCUACGUGGGCGCCAAUAGUCACUACCACGACUUCACUCUUCUGCCGAGUGUGGAGUACAGCUACUUUGUCUGGGCCAACAACAGCAGAGGGGCUGUGAGCAGCGCCGCAGCCAAAGCAAAAACUCACCCAGCGGCUCCUUCUGGUGUCGGUCUACCCAUGUUAUCACCUCUGGGACCCGGUCAGGUGAAAGUAGAGUGGAGCAUACCUGCCCGUCCUAAUGGAGACCUUAUAAGUUACACAGUACAUCAUCGAGAUCCCAUCCAGCUUAGUGUGACCAGCACUGUGUACACUCCAGAGGACAGUGUCUUCUCAGAGAGACAUACCACUUUGCAGGGGCUCGCUCCAUACCGCAGGUAUGAGGUGAGGCUGGAGGCUUGCACAGAACUGGGCUGCUCGUCCAGCGACUGGUCAUCCAUACUCACGCCGGAGGCUCCCCCUGCUGGACAGAUGGCGCCACUGUUGGACCUGCAGCCAGAUCCCAACACAGGCCACCAGACCGCCUUCCUGCUAACUUGGUCCCCUCCGGCUCGACCAAAUGGGAGGAAGCUGCAUUACGAGGUGUACCGCAGACUGCUGGAACCCACCACUGAUGCCCACAGAAGGGAUGCAGCAACACUUGUGUACAGUAACUCAUCCACAAGUUGCAAGGAUGAGGGACUCCAGCCAUUUACUGCAUAUCAGUACCAGCUGUGGGCAGUAAACUCAGCCGGCCGCUCUCCUAGCCAGUGGGUCAACGGGACAACUGGACCUGCCCCACCUGAGGGUAUAGCUCUACCCACCUUCCUGCACGUCUCUGCAACCACAGCAGUGGUGGACAUGCAACCUCCGGCCCGGCCCAAUGGCAUUGUCAGUCUCUACCGCGUAUUCUCUCUGGACCGCAACGACGACGUCACUCUGCUCUCAGAGGGGACAUCCCAUCAGCAGACACUUCAUGGUUUACAGCCUUACACACAGUACAGGGUCGCCGUGGAGGCCUGCACCUGUUACCAGUGUUGUAGCCGAGGGCCACCGGUUGUGUUACGCACCCUGGCUGCGCCCCCAGCACGCCAGUCGCCUCCUCGUCUCAUCACGCUCACUUCCCGCUCUGCCCAGCUGGCGUGGAUGGAGCCUCUGGAGCCCAAUGGAAUCAUUGAGAGCUGUGAGCUACAUCUCAGAACAGCCUGCCCGCAGCCCACCCAGCCUGUGGCCCACCCUUGUGUUACUGGACCAGCAGAAAUGAGAUUCUUUGGCAAGAGGCGGAGCUACAAUGUUACAGGUCUCCAGCCUUAUUCCAGCUAUGAGCUGAGAGUGGCCUGCUUCAACAACAUGGGCAGCACCGCCUCCAAUUGGACCGCUGUUGUCACUCUCACUGAAGCUCCACAGUAUGUCUCACCCCUGACUGUGGGCAGCAACCUGACGGUCGUAUGGCUGGACUGGACCGAGUCCUUCUCCCUAAACGGCUACUUGAAGGAGUACACUGUUACCGAGAGCCAGCUCAGGAUCUACAGUGGCUUCUACAGCUAUCUUCAUGUUUUACGCACGUCACAGAAAGCGCUGUCAUUUCAGGUGACAUGUACCACAGACAGCGGCAGUGCCACCACUCCUACAGUCAGAUACAGCCCUGCUGCAGAUUCUACCGAUGCAGACGAGACGAGCAAAGAUGGGGUGAGCAUGUCAGCCGCCCCAAUCUACUCUGAGCUGUGGUUCAUUCUGCUCUUGGUGCUGCUGGGUCUCUUCUUGUUGGCCAUCUUGUUGGGCCUCCUGCUGCAAAGAGCUCUGAGGAAGAAUCCAUCAGCCAGAGAGCGCCCUCCGCUGGUCAUGCUUCAGAAGAGCAGGAAGACUGGAGGAGAGACAUACACUUUUGACACAGUAGCAGACUGUGUUGAGAUCAACAACGUAACGCUUAAAAGCUACACUGUGUACACUGAGGGCCUUUCCGACACCAAGAUUGUGGGCAGCGGCUCUGCAUUUAGCCCCAUGUCUGUCCUGAGGGUGCCCAGCCAAAGUGACCUGACGCAGGCCUAUUCCCAUCAUCCCUUGCAGCACAGCCUCAGUCAGCUCAUUGACAGGAAGGCUCUGAUGGUGGACGAAGGCUGCUGGGACAACCCCGGACUGUACGUGGAGGAAGACUUUGCGGAUGCCAUCAAGGCACUGAGCUGUGUUAAGAAGGAGCACGCCACCUUCACAGACACACAACUUUAAGAAUGCUGCGGGCAAACAGGUAUCACACAGUUACAACGCACAUCGUGUACAAUUACCACUUUUGACAUCGUUAUGUUUCAUUCAGUUCAGUCCAACGCAAGGCUGGGUGAUAUUGUGCACACAGUUCACACAUGGACUAUUAUCAUGGAAGAAAAUAAUAAUACAGUGAACAUGUGUGUAGCUUCAAUUGAACACUAUUUAUUCAUGGCAUGUGAUAUUUAAAUUCAUAACUCUUGUUUGCACAAGUCACUGUUCCUCGUUUAAACACAUGUCGUCUCAGCUGCAACACAACUUCCUGUACAGCUUUUCUCUUUGUUAGCGUGAUAUAAAAAAAUAUGCCAACGUCUUUUAUGAAUGUUUUAAAUGUGGCUGGGAAUCACUGAUGUGCCGUUUUCACUGACUUGAUGUGACGUAACCUUUGUUGCGCUUGUAGAAAGGAAACGACUGUAGCUGUUAAAUGUUAUAAAUACUGUGUGUUCAAUAAUGAACUCUUUGAGAUGAACAGGUUACAUCAGGGGUGUCCUAACCUUUUCUAGCAAGAGCCACAUCAUGAGAAAAAUUGAAUUGGUGUUUUUAAUGUUUUAAACAGGUUAGGACUAACCCACGUACAUACUGUAUGCUAAGAAGUUGUGUACAUUUCAAGAAAAACAGCCCACAUGUCAGCUUUGUAUUACAGGAGACAACACGUAUUAUAAUUAGUGUUUGGAGUUUUAACAUUUGUUCGCCUGAUUAUUCUUUUUUCAGCUGUUGGUGUUUUUAAAGUAUGACUCUUUGGACACACUAGAUAGCUACAUUAUUUUAUUUCAGUUUUUUGUUUUUACUGUACACAAAUGUAUUAUUGUGACUUUUUUAUGCUGGAAGUAUUAUUUAUUUUUGCUGUAAAAUAAUAUUUAUAGAUGAUGCCACUGUAUGUGUAAUGUAAGUCAAAUAUAAGUGAUGGCCAACACGUUGUCUACAGUGUUGUUUUUUCUAACGUUCUAA